UGAUCAUAUUCAUAGAAUUUAUUUCUCCACAUUCAAGAUUAUGAAUCAUGAAGAAGAGACAUGCAAUACAACACUUGGUCUUGGGAUUGGAGUAGUUAUCAAAAGGGAGAAGCCACCAAAGAAUAAGAAAAGGGGGUGUUGGUUGGAUCUUUCAUUGCCUCUUCAUCCAAAGAUUGAAGCCAGUGAUGAUUAUGAUUAUAAGAAUGAUGAUCAGAAAGAUGAUCAAGAUUCUUUUAGUUCUAAAACUAUUGAUGAUCAAGAGGAAAGAAAAGGAGCUAGCAACGUCAAUAUUUCUAAUAACAACGAUGACGGAUCAAGAAAGAAACUAAAACUCACAACCGAACAAACUACCAUGCUUGAAGAUAGCUUCAACAUCCAUAACACCCUUAAUACAGGCCAGAAACAAGAACUAGCAAAGAAGUUGAAUCUCCUUCCUAGGCAAAUUGAAGUUUGGUUCCAAAACAGAAGAGCAAGGACAAAGUUGAAGCAAAUCGAAAAGGAAUAUGAGUUGUUAAAGAAAAGUUAUGAAACCCUAAACGACGAAAACCGAAGACUGAAGAAAGAGUUGCAAGAAGUUCGUUGUUCAUUAAAAUCUGAUCAUCAUCAUCAUCAAAUGCCACUACCUUUCUUCGUGCAGUACACAACAACUACAACGAUGCAUCAUCGUCCCUGCGAUAAGAUUGGAAAUUCGGGUGAAGAAAAGAAUGCCUUUGCAGUCAUGAAUGGAGGAAACAUGGACCAUGUGCGUGAUAAUAGUAAUAAUAAGAAUGCUACAGCUGCUAAACUGUUGUAGAGUUAAAAAAAAACAACGGCUUUGAUUGUUAUUAAUAAGUAGGGUUGCUCUAGGUUGUUAGGCAAUUCCUAACUAAUUAAUUAAUAUACUCAU